UGUUGACUCUGUCAUUUAUAUUGCAUUGGGUUGAGUUAAGAAUUAUGUGUGUGUGUGCUUUUUCUUCUUAUAAGCGAAACGAGUGAAGGAAGUUACGCUGGUUUUUCUCUUUUAUUUUUUCAUUUUGCUAAAAAAAAUUGGUGCGGCUACACAAGAAAAAUAGAAUAUAUCUGAAAAAGUGUCCAUUGGUGAAUUUUAAGAGGGACAAAGUAAGCAUUUGUAUGAGAAGACUUUCAGUGUGUAGCCGUGAAGCCAGACACAGCAGAGCAGUUCAAAAAUUCGUCCACAGUCCACGCGUGUACCAUUUAUACAUGUCUAAAAACGCUCGUCAUCAGUCAAUAUAGCCAGAUAUCCAACAUUUAAUUUUUGUCUGCUGCUAGUUUCCUACUGCAGACAUUCAAAAUCGGUCUCUUGUAACAAAAUUGGAAGCGUAUUUCCAUUGAGGACAUUGGUAUCGGCAAACAGUAUCUAUUUAAAGUACAGAAGAAGAAGUGACUCAGUAUCGGGAGCCCCCAAGACACCUUUGGGGAAAAUACAAGUGAAAAAGAUAAAAACAAAAUUAGUGGACUUAAGAUCGAUUUGUCAACAGUAUCCAAACCUCUGGGAACAUUCUUCCACAGCAUCAUCUGCAUCGGACAACUGGACAUAUUCAUCGCUUGAAUUCGAUAUUGUAACAAUGACCCUACCGAGCGCCGCUCGCGUUUAUACGGAUGUGAAUGCACAUAAGCCGGAUGAAUAUUGGGAUUACGAAAACUAUGUUGUCGACUGGGCUAAUCAGGAUGAUUAUCAAUUGGUGCGCAAAUUGGGACGUGGCAAAUAUUCCGAAGUGUUUGAAGCUAUAAACAUUACUAACAACGAAAAGUGCGUGGUAAAGAUAUUGAAACCUGUCAAGAAGAAGAAGAUUAAGCGUGAAAUUAAAAUUUUGGAAAAUUUACGCGGUGGCACCAACAUUAUUACAUUGCUAGCUGUGGUCAAGGAUCCAGUUUCUCGCACUCCAGCCCUCAUCUUCGAGCACGUCAACAAUACAGACUUUAAACAGUUGUAUCAAACACUUACAGAUUAUGAAAUUCGUUACUACCUGUUUGAGUUGUUAAAGGCACUCGAUUACUGUCACAGCAUGGGCAUAAUGCAUCGUGACGUAAAACCUCACAAUGUAAUGAUUGAUCAUGAAAACCGCAAAUUGCGGCUGAUUGAUUGGGGUCUGGCUGAAUUCUAUCACCCCGGGCAGGAGUACAAUGUCCGUGUUGCCUCACGCUAUUUUAAGGGACCCGAGUUACUGGUUGACUACCAGAUGUACGACUACUCGCUAGAUAUGUGGUCGCUGGGUUGUAUGUUGGCCUCAAUGAUCUUCCGCAAAGAGCCAUUCUUUCACGGCCACGAUAAUUACGAUCAGCUGGUGCGUAUUGCCAAAGUGCUGGGCACUGAAGAGCUUUACGCAUAUUUGGAUAAGUACAACAUCGAAUUGGAUCCCCGAUUCCAUGACAUCUUGCAGAGACACUCUCGCAAGCGAUGGGAACGUUUUGUUCACUCCGACAACCAGCAUCUAGUAUCGCCAGAAGCCCUUGAUUUUCUCGACAAGCUUUUGCGUUACGAUCACGUCGAACGACUUACUGCCCGUGAGGCCAUGGCACAUCCGUAUUUCGCACCCAUUGUUAACGGCCAGAUGAAGUCGAAUAAUCAGCAAUAGGAUUAGAAAGCCGAAACUAGGAUGGAUGUAGUGUGGAAGUGUGUAAGCCAGUCAUCAUCAUGUCGUAUUACAGAGUCAGAUAAAAGGAUUAACAAGUUGUAGACAAUUUAUCAUUACCAAAUUAAAUUCAAAUUUAUACUACAUAUAUAUUAAAAAAAAACACCAUCAAUAAAACAAACAGAACAAAAAGUAACAAGAAAUUAACGGCAAUACAAACUAUUCUAUUCGCAUAAACACAAAAACACCCAAUUAUGUUAGAUGAUGGUGGUACAUAUGUGUAUUGUAUCAAACCAAUAAAGAAUUGCAAUUAAGGACAGUUACUGCGUUUAAACAAAAUCCAUUUAACUGAUAAUAUUUAUACAAAAAAAAAAAAAUAAAGAAUCAACAAUAAAUUCAAAUUAAAUAGAAAUAUGGAAAAGAAAGGAAUGUGGUAUAUUCAUUUAAAACAAAAAUGUAUUUUUUUUUACCACCUCAAGAACAACAAAUUCAUCUAGAUUGUAGAUCAUCAUCAGCAGCAUCAUUAUCCACCUCUAAACUCUUAUCUUAUCAUAUGUAUGGUGUAAAGAUAUAUCAUCAAAAUUAAAUACUAUUAUAACAUAAUUAUGUUUAGAAACUUCUUCGCUCACAAACAAACAAAAAUAAUUAAUUAAUUAAUACCUACAUACAUACUUGUUUUCAAAUACAAAUACAUUUAUUACAUACAUAGAUAUAUAGACACAACCACAUACAUAUAUACUUAUUUGUACAACUACUGUUUGUUACAACAAAAACUACAACAUUAUACAUCAUAUACGUACAACGUACAUAUAAAAAACGGUUAUCCUUACCCUCCCUCCACCACUCCCACUCCAUUCAUUCUCCUCUAGUUAUAUAUAAAACAAAAACAACAUUAAGGCAUACGACAUACAUAAUUAUAAAUACUUGUAUUCAAAAUUUGUACAAUUUAAUUUUCAAAAAAAAAAAUAAACAGUUUUUUUGUUUUGUUUUUAUAUAUAUUUCUUUUUUUAUUUUUUCUCUAUUUUGGCUUUUCACAGAGAAACCAAAAUGCUUAUUUAAAAUAAAUAAUAAUAAUAAUAAAAAUGAUAAUAAACCGUAAUAAUAAAAAAUAAAACAAUAAAACAA